AGAGACGUUUGGGGGAAGCGGAACGUGCCUCCCCUCCCCCCCCACUCCCGGGGCCCAGCCUGUCCCCAGCCUACAGCGGGGCGAGCGGCGCAGGCCGAGCAGGGACCAUGGCCAGAGUGGUGAGUGCAGAAGACUUCAGUGGCUUACACCCCUACUCUCAUGGAAUCAUAUUUACUGCAAGACCACAGUCUACACCAGGAAGAGCAUCAUCAUGCAGAAGCAGGCAAAGCGCAAUGAAAUCGGCCUCAUCUACAUCUGUGCGCUCUGUCCCAGAUCCCACACUGUGCUCUUCAGACAUUGAGCAGAUUUUACUUAAAAGGACAGCUGAAAAAGAAAGUGAACUUAAAAAAGCAUUUCAGACAAUUGACAUUGAUCACACCCUAACAGUCACAAAAGGUGAAUUCAGGAGAGUGAUUGAAACCUUUCUUUUUCCUCUGACACAAGCACAGUUUGAUUCUGUGCUGGCACAGAUUCCGAUGACUAGCAAAGUUACUGUACCAUAUCUUGACUUCCUGGCAAAGUUCACUAGGGUUGCCAAAAGUGCCAAUAUGCAAAGAAGAUGGAAUGAUAGCCAAGGCAGCCAAACCAUGACAUUAAGUCAGCUGGAGUCCCUCUUAAAGGAAAAGAUUUCAAAGAAUUUGAAAAGCAUCAUCAAGACCUGUAGGCUUUUUGACUAUAACCGAACAGGACAAAUACAGCGGCAUGAGCUAAGACAGAUUCUUGAGAUCAGUUGUUUCAGGAUGAAGGAUGCAGAGUAUGAAAAACUGUGGAAUCAUUCCUGUGUUGGUAAAACAAAUACAUUGGAUUAUAAAGAAUUUCUGAAGAACCUUGGGAUACAUAUGAGUACAAUUAAGAAAAAUGCAACAGAAAACCAACGCCUAGCACCAAACUGGCAGGAGACACAAGACAAGAUUCCAAAACAGAAUAAGCUGUCAUUACAGACUUCACCAGCUGAGUGUAGUGUGAUAGAAUGCACACUAGAUGACAUUGAGAUGGCUUUUAGGAAAAAGCUGCACUCAGCCUAUCAGGACAUUGAAAAAGCCUUCAGAGCAUUUGAUGUUAGUCAGAGUGGAUUUGUGUCUUUGGAUUACUUAAAGUCAGUCAUAAAUGGCUUUAUAUUUCCAUUACCAAAUGGAACUUUUCAAGAGCUAAUGAGUAGAUUUGGAUUUAAAGCCGCAGGUAAAAUUGCUUGGCAUCAAUUUUUAGAGAAAUUUCAGGACCCUGUGACAUACGAAAAUGGACAGACACUUCCUAUAAGAAAAAAACACAGAGUAAACCCAGUCAGAGGAAUGGAUGAAGCUUUCUCAGAUGACAGUGUCCUUCUAAAGCUGCACAGACACAUCCAAAAUGCAUAUCCAUCACUGAAGCAGGCAUUUCUCAUGAUUGAUACAAAACAAGAUGGAAAGAUCACAAGAAAUGAGCUUCGUCGCAUUUUGGACUGUAUCCUAUUUCGAAUAAGUGACAAGGACUUCCAAGACCUAAUCAAGAUCAUUGAUCCAGAACACACUGGGUACCUCAGCUACCAUAAAUUUUUAGACUUGUUUGAAGAAAAGGAAUCUCUAGUAAGCCAUAAAUGGCUUAAUGGAACAGAGGAAAUUAAGAAGUCACCUUCUCAUGUUCUAGCUUGGGAUACUGUGGAAGACAUUCUUUCGGAUAAAAUCACAGAAAAUUGGAAAGACUUCCACAGGGCUUUGCAGACCUGUGAUCCUAAAUGUACAGGCAUUAUUAGCAGAAAUCAGCUAAGAAAAAUUGUACAGAUAUAUUGUUCCUCUUUGUCCGAUGAACAAUUUACAAAGCUAUGCCAUAAAUUUCAGGAUAUUUCUUCUGAUGGGAUCCUUUACAGGAUGCUUUUGGAGAGCAUAGGAGUUGCUGUUUUACCUGGUGACUUAACUGGUUUUAGCACACAGAUCUCAAAGGGAAGUCAACAGAGAGAGGAAAAAAGACAAACAGAUCUUUCAGAGAGAAUGAAACAGAUUGAAGAUCAGGCCAAUAAGCAUACUAAGAAUAGAACUGUUGAUGAAGUAAUUGAAAGGCUCAAGGACAGUGUGAUACAACAUGAAGCAACUAUUAAAGACAGCUUUCUUGCCUACAACAAGCAACCAAAUGGAAAAAUUAGUAAAGAUGAUUUCCGGAAGGUGUUGGAAGAUCAUGGGAUGCCAAUGGAUGAUAGCCAGUUUAAUUUACUGACUGAGAAAUUAGCAUUCCCAAAUGGAGGGCUGAGUUAUCUUGAUUUUGUAGCAGUAUUUGAAGAUCCCAGAUUGAAUGGACCAGGAGCUACAUUAUAUUGCAGACCAAACCACCGAGUAAAUAGUACUAAAUUUCACUACAUGACUGCUGAAGAAUGUCUAAGACAAUUUAAUGAUAAGCUGAUGGAAGGAUAUGGGGACACCUACUCUGCCUUCCAUAAAACAGAUAGUAACCGUGAUGGCAUCAUCAACAUGCUUGAUUUUCGACGCCUCCUGGAGAGCUUUGUGUUCAUCCUUAGAGAUGAGGAGUACUCACGCCUACUUGGUAUAUUGGGCAUGAACCUGACCUCUACAUUAAAUUACCAGGAAUUCCUUCAACUGUUCCAGACCCAAGAAACAAAAGAGGCACAUCCUUGGCUGAAUCCAUCUCAAAAACCAAAACAGACAAUACCGGAUGCAGAACUAGCUUGUGAUCAGGCUCAUUACUAUCUUGUUAUCAAAGCACAGACCAGAUGGCAUGACCUAGCAAGGACUUUCCGUGAGUUUGAUAGCGAAGGCAAUAGAAUUGUGCAGCCAGAGGAUUUGAGAGCGGUCUUGUUCAGAUUUGCCAUUCCAAUCACCCCAAAAGAAUUUGAAAAGCUUUGGGCAAGGUAUGAUACAGUUGCAAAAGGCUACCUUACUCAUCAAGAAUUUCUACAGAAAUUGGGGUUAGAGUUUGGACCCGCUCACACUGGACUAAGCAGACAUAUUAUGGAAGACAAUUAUGCAAGUUUAAUGGAGCAUUACAGUAAUCAGCAAAAGAAGCAUUUGGAGAUGGAAGAGCAGAAGAAACAGCAAACUAAAGCCCUAAAUGUCAGUGAGAUUAAAAAGCAGAUCAAGGAUAAAUUUAGGGACUACUUCCAAGACUUCAACAAGGCCUUUUAUAAACUGGAUAAAAAUAAAGAUGGCUAUAUAACAGUAGAUGACCUGUGUAGGAUGCUGCAAGAAUUCAACUAUUAUCUUGAUGAUGAACAGUUCAACAAUCUUCUAAACAGCUUAGGAAUCAAUAUUCAUGACAGCAAGCUCUCUUAUUUUGAUUUCCUGAGAGCGAUUGAUGAUGGCAGAGCAUCUAAAUACCAGCAGAGACAAAAGCAUGCUGCACCACCUGCAAGCUUUGCAAUGCUCAGCUUAGAAAAGACCCUAAUUAAGAUAAAAGAAAUAGUUACAUCUUCUUAUGAUUUGUUAUACAAGGCAUUUUCUCUGUUUGAUAAAGAAGGCACUGGGACAGUAAAAGCACUGGAAUUCCGCCAGGUUCUUGACCAUUUCUGCUUUAAAUUAUCGGACAGGCAAUUCAGGCACCUACUCAAGAAGCUAAGGAUUUAUGAAAAUCAUACAGUAGACUGGAAAUUUUUCCUGAAAAAUAUGAAUCUCCUCUUAGAGACUGAGGAAGGGCAGAAAGUCGCUCAGCCUAAAUCUUCUCAGGCGCUGUCAAAGAAAGAUAUCCUUACGCGUAUACAAGAAGUAUUGACUGCUCGCUUUCACACCAUUGCACAAGAGUUCAAAGAUAUUGAUUGUGAGGAAGUUAAUACAAUAUCAAAAGAGGACUUCCGGGGUAUUUGCAACCGUCACUUUCUGCUUCUGACAGAUGAACAAUUUGAAAACCUCUGGAAUACAGUGCCUGCUGAUGCCAAUGGAAAACUGAAGUACUGUGAUUUUUUGAAGAAGUUCAACUCCGAAGUAGUGACAAUGCCAUCAGAUACUCCAACCAUGAACAACGCUGCUUGUUCCUCCAAGCCCGCUACUCCUGCUGAGCCUGGGUCACGGUUACCUUCUCAGCCUUCACGUCCCAAGACAGCAUCUUCUCCAUUAGGUCAAGUAAAAACUCCAAUGUCCAGCCGGCCUCGUACUGCAAUGGCAUGGUCCCCACCUUUACUGAACUGCGAACCAAUAGAAAAUAAAAUAAGAAAGAUCAUUCAACAUUCCUGGAGAGAAAUACUGAAAGACUGUAGAGAGAAGGAUAUUGACCGGCUAGGAGAAAUCUCAACAUCCGAUUUCUUAGCCAUUGCAGAGAAGUUCAGUUUGGAUUUAAGUAAAGAAGAGAUUAGCCAAAUAGCAACAAAAUAUGACAUUAAGAACAAUGACAAAUUUGCAUACUGCGACUUUCUCCAAAGCUGUGUCCUAUUAAUGAAACCACAAGAAAGUUCAUUGCUACAAAGGAUGAGCAUUCAGAAGCCACGAAUAUCGAGGAGUCCUGGACCACAGAGCCUGACAUUUUUCAAUGCAAUGCUAAGAAUUCAACCCCAGAUCUUGCACUGCUGGAGAUCGAUGAGACGAACAUUUAAAUCCUAUGAUGAAAGUGGGAGCGGGCUGUUAAGUGUUCAGGAUUUCAGGCAGGUGCUGCGUCAGUAUCACAUCAACCUGACUGAGGAAGAGUUUUUUCACAUUUUGGAAUGUUAUGAUAAAUCAUUAUCUUCAAAAAUUUCCUAUAAUGAUUUCCUCCGGGCAUUCCUGCAGUAGGAAAUGGAAGGUGUCAUCAAAUGCAAGAAACUAUAGAUAACAGAGCUAAUGACUGAUUUAUAAUUUCUGAUUUCUAAUUAAUAAAUUAACCAACUACAGCCUUUUUUGCAUCAGCAAUGUCAAAAUACUUACAAUUCUGACAAAUACAGUGGCCACAGGUUGUAGAGGAAAUCUACAUGGCAGAACUAUUAAUAGUCACAUAAUCCAUUUAUCUGAGAAAAAUGAUACCACUUAAAGUUGUUAUAGUAAUGAUUCUUAAGACCUUAUAGGCAUCUGCAAAAGAAAUACAUUUAAGAAAAUCUUUUUUAUAAUUAGAGUUUUAUUAAUUAAACCCCCUUUUUUAAUUUCAGUAAAAAGGUUUGAAAGGCCUACUAUUCACUUUUAUAAGAUAAUAGAAAUAAUACAUUUGGAAAAUUAUAUUAUCCUUCAUUAUUAGAAAAUUGUCUGUUUUACAAUCUGUCUCCCCCCCCCCACUUGGUUAUGCAGUGACAUAUUUAUAUCUCCAGUAGCUUUAUAUGUUGACAUGGAACAGCUACUCUACUCUGAACAGAUACACUAGCUGUGCCUUGACGUGUCAUCUUUUUCCACUGAAACCUUUCUCCAUAAUUUUCCCAUAUUAUAACAUACAAAUGGAAAUUAAAAAUAAAAUUAGAAAAAGCUAAUUCGCUAUUCACUAUUGUAUUUGUCACUGCAAAUGUGGAAGUGUAUUACCACUAACUUGUGUCUCCUCAUAUUAACCUUGAGGUUUAUUUUUAUGGAAUAACUAUAAACUAUGGGUAUUUUUAUAAUAUAUAGUACACUGAAAGUAAAAAAUCCAGUUAGAUUUCUUGGUUUCGCAAAAGUGAAUAGUAUGAGCACCUAUUAGAAAAUUAUGGGAAAAGGUUUAAAUGGAAAAAGAUAACACGUCAAGACACAGCUAGUGUGUCUAUGGUAUAUGUAGAUUUUAAAAGUGAAAUUAAAAGACGGCCAAUCUCUUUGGUAAGCAAUGAGCUUAUGAUCAGCAGGUUCUGUUUUCUGGGCUUCUACCAAGACUCACAUGGGUCCAUUCUCUCAGUAACCAUUAGGUCAGUACCUCUCUUUGUGGCAUCUUGGAUGUGUUCUCUGCCGCCCUGUCCUUUUCACUGAUUUACUUAAGAGCUCUAUGUCACCACAAUAUGUGGUUUCUUUCCAUGUUUCUUUGCUUUCCUUCAAAAAAAAAGUUAUUUUUUAAAAAAGGGAAAGAAACAUCUCAAAGAACAAGUUCUACAUUUAUAAGUGAGUCUCUUCACAGUCAUUGUCUAGAAAGUGAUCUGUGGUAGGCUGUUUGAAUGAAGGCAUAAAAGAUACAAACAUGGUAAAAAUACCUAACAUUUUUAAUGCAUUUACAGCAACAUCUUAAAAGUAAAGUAGCAUCAAAGAUUUCAAUACAAAGCAGAGUAACUACUAACUGGGGAUAAUGCACAUCCAAACAAUUUCUCUUUCUUAUUGCUGGUGAACUUGCCAGCCAUUACUAUGGGUCUGAUCCGAAGACCGUUGAAGGCAGCUGAAAAAUUCCCACUGACUUUAAUGGGCUUUGAAACAGGCCUUAUCUGAGGAAAUACUUACUCUCAUUUGAAACUUCAAAGAAGAUGUUUGGUGGAUUUUAAAUGAAAAGUGUUAGAGACUUGGGGUUGUUUGGCUUCAGUGAUUUUGGUUCUUGAUCUCUAAUAUCAAUAUGAUCUGUAUCAUAUUGUUUAUCAUACACACUUCAGGAACACUUGUUAUAUAUACACAAGGAAUUAUACUUGAAAAUUGAUACACUUGAAAUAGUAACACAAAGGAUACUUUGUUAUAUUUUCUUUGAAAAGUAUUUGCCACAUAUAAAUCCAUAAAAAGAAAAGGAGUACUUGUGGCACC